AUGCUACUCAAUCCUUCCUUGACCCCCCAAAGCACAAUGAAUCCGAAUGGCAGCAGAGUCAAAGGCAUCGUCGUAUUCUCCGGCGGGAGCGCUGCCAACAAUCUAGUCGACGUAUUCAAGACAGUUCAAGGGAACAAGAAAUGCACGUUGAGCUAUGUCAUUCCAAUCUCUGACAAUGGUGGAAGUUCAUCAGAGUUGAUACGCGUAUUUGGCGGUCCAGGCAUUGGCGAUGUUAGAAGCCGUCUUGUGCGAAUGAUUCCUGACGAUCCCGAUCAUGACGACAGCGAAAAGGCUGCUAUUAAAGCUUUCUUCAAUCAUCGACUGCCAAAAGACAGGAUCGAAGCCAAACAGGAGUGGUUGAAGAUCGUCGAGGCAGACCAUCCAUUAUGGGCAAAUAUCUCUUCUGCGAAGAAAGAGCUCAUCCGCUCGUUUCUCAAUACUAUCAACCUCGAAAUUGUCAAACGACUUCGUCCCUCUUCUACCUUUGAUUUCUCUUCUGCCAGCAUUGGCAAUCUCUUCCUGACUGGGGCACGCCUCUUCACUGGAAGCUUCGAAAGUGCCAUCUACCUUCUCAGUAGCAUCUGCUCCGUUCCCUCAUCCGUGUCCGUCCUUCCAGCUAUAAAUACCAACUUCACCCACCAUAUUACCGUAGGUUUGGCCAAUGGCACCAAAAUCACAGGUCAAAAUUCUAUCUCCCAUCCUUCGGCGCCGACUGCCCUGCAAAACCAAGGUACCCCACCCAGCGAGCACGAGGAAACCGAGGAACACGAUCGCAUUGAAGAUGCUAACCUGCCCGGGUCCCUUCCGACUCUACGUAAACAGUACAUCACGUUCUCCAAAUCCGAUGAAGACGAUCUCCCUGCCCGCAUUGAGCGCCUUUGGUACAUCAACCCCUAUGGCCAGGAGAUCCGAUUGGCGGCAAACUCCAAAGUACUGGAUGCGCUUCGGGAAUGCCAGUGCAUCAUCUACAGCAUUGGCUCACUCUGGACUUCAAUCAUUCCCUCAAUUGUUUUGAAAGGCGUCGGCGAACUCAUUGCUUCUCCAGUCAUUCGCCACAAGAUCCUCAUUCUGAACAGCACCCUCGAUCGCGAGACAGGGCCCUCCACUGAACCUUACAGCGCCACCGACUUCAUCGCCGCGAUUUCCAGAGCUGGGUAUGAGAGCCGCGGCAUUGUGGGUCCGAUACCUCAGUACGACUACAGAUCCUACGUGACGCACGUGAUCCACCUUCAAGGACCAGGCACGCCGGCUGUGUAUAAGGAAGAGCUGGCGGCGCUGGGAAUCGAGUCCAUCAGGGUGUACGGUAGGCGAGUGGAGGGCGAGAGCUUUCAGAGGUACGAUGAGAAGGCGUUGGUGCAAGCGCUAGAAGUCACUAUGGGGCGGCGGGAUCCACGCGCGGCUGCUCAGAGUCGGAGGAAUACGCUGGACAAUUAG